AUGGCCUGCAGGGGUUGCACUCGACCCAGGGGCCUGGCCUGGGCCCUGCAACUGACCCUCGCAUGGAUCCUGCUGGGGGCUUGUGGAGGGAGCCACCCACUCCCAGCUAGAUCCCAGAGACACCAUAGGCUGGCAACCAAUUUGGGCACAAGCCAGCUGCACCUGGCAGAGAUGAACACACCAGAGGCCUCAGACCCUGGGAUCGUCUCAGGGCGCUGUGGGGAGCUGAGCCCCAGGUGUGAGUCCUUCCUGGGACACCUCCAGGUUGCCCUCCGCAGUCGUUUCCACCUGCUGCUAUUGGGGGUACGCCAGACACAGCCUCUCUGCUCGGAGCUCUGCGAUGCCUGGUUUGCCACCUGCGAAAGUGAUAUCAUCUGCAGCCCGACUUGGCUCCCACUCCUAGAAAAGAGGGGCUGCGAGCCUGGCUGCACCACCUAUGGGCAGACUUUUGCUGACGGAGCGGAACUUUGCCGCACAUUUCUGGGCUACGCGGUACCAGUGGCGGAUCCUGGCUCUGGUCACUGCCUCAACAUUUCCAUCUCGGUGCUGCCGCGUCCCAGAUACGCACGGAGGGCCCGGGAAAGCACUUUCCGGCGCUCCCGCCGCCCUCGCACCUGGAUCCUGGACGCUGCAAGCAGCGGAAGUGGCAGUGGAAGUGGCGGCGGCCCCUAG